AUGCUCCUGGACAACUUCCGGGGCGCCGAGCUCAAGGACCCGGUGAUGGACUACCUUCUCUACUCCCGUUUGGGCCCGCGCGUGGUCCGCAUGAGGCCUCUGGGGGCCGAGGACCCCAGCCACCGUGAGACUCGCCACGAGAAGCACGAGGCGGCGCACGUGGUCAUCGUGGGCGGUGGCCUCGCGGGCGUCAGCGCGGCCAUUGAAGCGGUGAAGGCGAAGGCGACGGUGACGCUGAUCGAGAAGGAGAAGGACCUUGGGGGCAACUCGGCCAAGGCCACCAGUGGCAUCAACGCUUGCGGCACCCGCGUUCAGAAGAGCUGCGGCGUGAGCGAUGAUGCCCGCUGGCUGGAGAGAGACACCUUCGUCAGCGCCCAGGGCGGUACGUCCGACCUGGGCUGUGUGAGCAUGCUGGCCUCCAAGAGCGCCGAGGCUAUCCAUUGGCUCAUCGAUGAGCUGGGCAUUCCUCUCACGGAGCUCUCCCAGCUGGGUGGCCACGCCAAGAAGCGGACGCAUCGCUGUCCCCCGAAGGCGGACGGGACGCCCGUGCCUGUGGGCUACACCAUCAUGCAGCACGCCCGUGCGGCCGCCCAGGCCAUCCCUGGUGUGGAGGUGAAGACCUCCUGCACCAUGAAGAAGCUGGUCGAAAACAGCCUAGCGGAUGGGUCGAAGGAGGUCGUGGGCGUGGAGUACUUGGACGGGGAAGGUGCCCUGCACACGUUGAUGUGCGACGCCGUGAUUCUGACAACCGGGGGCUUCGGUUUUGAUCAUAGCACCGGGAGCCUGAUGCAGCAGUACCGACCCGACCUUGUCGGAGUUCCCACGACCAACGGCUCCUUUGCGACUGGGGACGGCAUGAGAUUCGGCGCGGAGGUGGGUGCGAGCCUCAUCGACAUGGAUAAGGUUCAGCUCCAUCCUACAGCCUUGAUCGACCCCAAGGACCCCAGCGCCCACACCAAGUACCUGGGCCCUGAAGCGCUCCGUGGCAGCGGGGGCAUCCUCCUGGAUCAGAAGGGCCAGAGGUUUGUGAACGAGCUGGACUUGAGGAGCGUGGUCUCCAAUAAGAUCCUGGAGCACUGCGAUCCCUUGGAGCUCCCGGACGGGUCGAAGGGAAGGCCCUGGUCCUGGUGCGUUAUGAACGAGGAGUCCCAGGAGCCCUUCAAGGGAUUCUUUUGA